AUGCCAAUUUUAUCUGAUCCGUCAAAAAACAUUAUUGCCAAUAAUGAUUCUAGAUCUUAUGAUAAAGCCAUUUUGAAUUCUUCCCCAGCGAUGGACAAUAGAAAACGUCAUACUUCUAGCAACUCUCAAGGUGGAUCAGUCCCUUUAAUAUAUUCAUCUACAACUUCAUCUCCUCCUAUAUCUUCAUCAGCCUGUCCUUUCGUUAAUACUCGAUGUACCUCCGCAUCUGAUACCGCUGAUAAUAGAAUGAUGAAACAAAUAUUUACCAAUUACGCUGAUAAUUCAACUAAAAGGCAUUUUGUCACUAUGGCAGGAACGGCUAAAAAGGCACUUCCACCGAUUAGCACCAACUUCGAGGGGUUAAAUGCACAGUCUAAUUCUGGAAUAAAAAAAAAAGACCAUAAUCAACGUUUAGCUUUAGAUGAUGAUUCGUUGACUACUUUACCUAGUCCUGCUACCUCAGUUCAUGACUUUCCAACAUCUAAACGAUAUACAGUCAGAGAGAAAAUUUCAUCUAAUUUAAGCAUUGGAAACAAGAAUUAUCAACAUCAUCGUACUACAUCAGAUACUAAUUUACUUAUAAACAAACUUUCAUCAAAAAAUCACACAAGUAACGGUAAUCACCAUUCAAAUGACGAUAUGGGUCCUAUAAUUGGUCAUCAUAUGUUACAACAAAGGUUGACGAAACUUGGACUGCAAAAUUAUUCUGAAUUAAUUGGUCAUUACGCUGUUUUGAAACUCAUCGGAACUGGUUCUUUUUCAGAAGUAAAACUAGCUAUAGACUUAGAAAAUUGUAGAGAAGUAGCAAUAAAGAUGAUUUCCUUGAAAGAAAUGCAAGACAAUGAGUGUUUGAAAACAGGUGUUUCACGGGAAAUUAAAAUUUUAGAGUAUAUCAAUCAUCCAAACAUUGUUAGUCUGCUAGAUACUGUUGAGACACCCACACAUCUUUGUCUAAUACUUGAAUAUGUUCCAGGCGGGGAAUUAUUUGAUUAUGUAAAUGAAUACUAUGAAAAAAUCACUGAGGAAGAAGCUAAACAAAUUUUUUAUGAAUUAGUCAAUAUCGUUAGUUACCUUCAUGAAUCAAAUAUUGUUCAUCGAGAUCUUAAAUUAGAAAAUAUUUUACUUGAAUCGUCGGAAUCGUCAUCAAACAAAAAACAUAUUAAAUUAACAGAUUUUGGAUUAGCAAGGUUUAUCAAUCCAAAAUCACCACUUUUAACCACUCGAUGUGGAUCAGAAGAAUAUGCUGCACCAGAAUUAAUAUCUGCAUCAUCGUAUGAUGGUAGAAAAACGGAUAUAUGGUCAUUAGGAAUUAUUUUAUACGCAUUAUUGGUAGGAUAUUUACCCUUUAAUCAAGAAGCCGGUCAAACACGGAAACAAUUUUUCAUUAAAAUUAUUAAAGCUGAUUUUAAAUUUCCGAAUCCAAAUACGGCUGAUAAACGAGGGUCUAUUAGUGAAGAUGCGAAAGAUUUGGUUAAAAAAAUCUUACAUACUAUGCCAGAAAGAAGACCAAGUUUAGAAGAAAUUAAAAAUCAUCCAUGGUUAUCGAGUUUGAAUACCAUGUGA